AUGAGCCGGCCCGAAGAAGAGGCGCACGGCAAGCUGCGCAUCAACAUGGGUACGCGGCGCGCGCUUGGCGCCGAAGCCCGGUCACGAGCCGAGUUCAAGAUGAACCUGCAGCUCGCCGUGCGCACCGCGUGCGGCGUCCUCGUCGCAUCCAUGCUGCAGACCAAGAACCCGAACGUUGACACAAGCGACGUCCAUCCCAAGUACUGGGCGCUCUUUCCCGACUGGUACAUCCUCGGUGGCAUCAGCUACGUGGCCGUUGCGUGCAUCUUUUCCUGUGGCAAGAACAUUGGCGCGACCGUCCGCGAGAUCGUCAUGACGCCGCGCGUCUUCAACACCAACGACGAAGUUGCCUUGGCGAUGGCCGAUGGCACGCUUCUCCAGAUCAACAAGUCGUUCAGCGGCACGCCGUACUACGUCAACAACCACGACUUCUUCACUGUCCUGCCUUUCGUGAUGCUCUUCAACGCGAUCGUGCUCCUUCUUCCGUUCGAAACCAACACGAAAAAGUUUGCCAUGGGCAACAACUUGUACUUUGCGCUGACGAUUGUGAGCCCGAACGACUUUAACGACGCGUCGACGCUCAAGCACCUCGGCGACCCGUACUACUCGACCGACUACAUCCUCAUGAACCUCUUCGUGUACAUGUGGCUCGGCGUCCUCGGCGCAUUUGUCGCGUUUCUCGUGCUCUGGAUUCCGUACCCAAUCUUAACGAAAUCGGCGGCCGACACGAUCCAGGACCUUCUCAAUUUGAUUGUCGACUCGUACUGCUUCAAGAACAAGGACGUCGACCACAUGAACUUUCUCAAACUCAAACUCCAACGCAAGUUUGACUUGGCGGUCGCGAAGAAGGACACCAUGUACGCGCUCCUCAACGACGUGUGGUGGGAGCAGAGCGUCGGCUUGCACUACGCGCUCAAGUUUCAAAAGUCCGUCACCAAGCCGUACAUCGACUUGUAUGCGUCGCUCAUCGACAACCUCCGCGCGAUGAACCAAGCGAUCCACCUCGAGCGCUACGAACGGCUCCACGAGCUCUUUAUGAAGAAGCUGCAGCGGCAAGUGUACGUCGUGCAGCUCAAGUCGGCCGCCGCGCUCCACGAGAUUUCGGACGAAAUCCACCUCGUGCACAAAGACCUGAAUUUGACGCAAAUCGACGAGCUCGAGCGUCAAAUGGAGAGCUUGCUGCAGCUCUUCCAGAAGACGCAGACCAAGAUCUACCUGCGCGAGAAGCCGACGGUCGCCGACGUCGAGGGCAACAUCCCACUCAACCUCUUUCUCUUUUCGCUCCAGUCGUUUUGCGCCACCAUGAUGGAGUUUCAGUCCAAACUCAACAAGAAAACACACAACACGGGGUCGCGCGUCCGCAACUUUUUGAAAAAGUCCAUGGGCGCGUUCGUAGACCCGGCCAAGUACACCAAAGUCAAGUUCAUCACUGGCGUCAAGGUCUGGAGCGCGAUCCUCGUCGGCUGUUUUCUCUCCGUGUACGUCUUUGCCUACUCGGCGACGACCGCGACCACGAUCGCCUACGUCAUGGGCAACCACAUCGGCGGCUCGUUCAGCGUGACGCUCAACCGUGUCGGCGGCGUCGUCGCCGGCUCCAUCAUACCGUCCGUGAUCCUCUUCUUCAUUUGCUCGUACGGCUGCGUGAGCCAAGCGAUGGUCAUUGGCAUCAGCAACUUCUUUCUCUUUGUUUGGGUCACAUUCUCGCUGUACAUCAAGUGGAAGGGCGGCUUCGAGUCGUACGCGGGGCUGGUCUCGGCGUACGUGGCCGCCGGCAUCUUCUUGAAAGGCUGCGCGUGCUCGGGCACGGCGACGAUGCCCAUGUCGUCGUACUCGAACCUCGCGCAGAUGUCGCUGGGCAUCAUCCUCUUCAUCAUGGUCGAGCUCUGCUUUUGGCCCCAGUCGGCGAUCGGUCUCUUGCGCGAGAACGUGCAGAAGCAAAUGAAGCUGGUCCAGACCGCGUUCACAACGCUCUUUGAGCAAAAUCUGAGCGCGAACGGGUCGAUUGACGACGAGAAGAUGCGCGACAUCCAGAACGUGGUCGAGACGCAGGCGCCGGCGCUCCUCAUCGAGCAGAAAGCGCUCUUGCGCGAAGCCAACUUGGAGCCGCUCUUGUGGCGACCGAAGUUUUCGCAGCAAAAGUACGAGCGCGUUCUCGAUGGCUGCCAGCGGCUCCUCAACAACACGCUCAUCUUGUACAAGCUCGUGACGUGGUUCCAGUUUCGGAAGGCAAAUCCGCACACGGAGCCAGGCCCGCGCCGCCUCAGCAUCGAGCCCUCGUCGCUUGUCGCUCGACCGCUCGACCGCAACAGCCUCGCCGAGCUCGAAGACAAUGCGACGCCAAAAGAGACGUGGGCCUUCUCCACCAAGGAGCUUGGCGCUGCGAUCCACGACACGUUUGAUACGCUGCACUCGCUCUUUGGCGAGGACUUUCGGUACGCCGACGCCGACCAGACCGCGCUCUUCAUGCAGAUGAAGGAAGCCUUCCGGCUCGCCGACACCGACUGCUCGGGCGAGAUUGACGCCGACGAGGUCAAGACGAUGCUGCAGCACGUGUUUCGGCAGUCAGGAGCGAUGAAGAUCGACGAAAUCGACGAGUACGUGGCCGAUUUCAUGGACAUUGUCGACAAGGACAAGAGCGGCAAGGUGUCGUUCGAGGAGUUUAUGGAAGCUCUUGAGAACGGCCUCAAGCUCGAAGUCGAGGUCUUCCAACACCGCGCGCCCGACAUGCCGACGCCCGGCUUGCACCGAACCGUGUUGGCGCCGAUUACCGAAGCGUCCGUGACCGUGGACGUCAUUGACGUGAUCCCGGUCUUGUCGCCUGGCGUCGACAACUCGACGGCACCUUUGCCGGUCGAGGAAGCCUUGUGCCGCGCCCACGACAUUCUCGACGUCGAGACAUUCUCGCUGCUGGAAGCGGCCGCCACGAUGCGCCGAUCGUACGCAGCGUGGCUCAUGGAAAACAACCGGUUCGAAAACGUCUCGAUGGAAGAGCUCCUCCUCCUCAACUGCCUCAUCAGCGGCGUCUCGGGCAUCGCGCGCAACCUCGCGCUCCUCGAGGAAAUGACGGUCCAGCAGUAG